AUGCAGGAGAUAUUCUCCGAUUAUGCAGGAGAUAUUAUCCGGUUGAUGAAGAGUGUCCUGCGAGGAGACUCAUCGGCCAUCAAGAGAAGACUAGCCGACGAGAUGUUCGAAUUAAAGCAGAGCGAUCUUCGGAUCGAGAUUUCGUCUGAUGCAAUGUCCAUCGUGCCAUGCGAUACCCCAGACACCCUCGACACCAAGAAGGGCAAUAUUUCCAGCAAAGACCAGAGAGCAACAGACACUGCACACUGA